CAAGAAGACAACAUCAACAUUGAUGAGUAUAUGGAGACUAAUGAACAUGAUGAAUUAAGUUCUGAUGAAGAUUAUGAUAACAGAGAUGUAGACUCUGAUUUCAAUGCAAGCGAUUUUGAAGAUUCAGAAUUAGAUGAGGAAUCAGAUGAAGAGGAGACUUGUAAUUACAGAUUAGAUGAAACAGAUAAUCCAUCAGAAGAGAAAUAUUAUGUUGUGUCAGAAAGUGCACUCUCUCAACUUUUAUCUGUCUGUAAUGUUUGUAAUGGGAAAAGUGUCCCACUUGUAGAAUACAGCAAAGGUUCCAUGAUAUCUACAGUUUCUACAUGUGAAAAUGGUCACAUCAACAGAUGGCAGUCACAGUCAACACAUAAGAAAAUGCCAUGGUUUACUUUACAUCUUGCAAGUGCAAUGCUUUUAAGUGGGAACAGCAUAUCAAAAGUUUUAAUGCUUUUCAACCAUUUGAAAGUUUUAGUCCCAAGUUCCCGCACUAUUUCCCGUCUUCAGUCCUGUUAUAGUAUUCCUGCUGUCAUAGAAGAAUUCUAUUUACAGCGAGCAGAAUAUUUUGAUGAUUUGCGCCAGAAACCUCAUGUCGUUCUUGGAGGUGAUGGAAGAUGUGAUUCACCUGGUUACAGUGCAAAAUACUGUAGUUACUCACUGAUGGACCUUGAAACUAAUAAAACCAUUGAUGUACAGUUGGUCCAGAGUAACGAGGUGAGAGGAUCUACCCAUAUGGAGUUAGAAGGCCUUAAACGUGGACUAAGGCACCUAACGGAAUUAAAUCGUGUCCAGGUGCAUGAUCUUGUGACAGAUCGCCAUGUAAUGAUAAAGUCAUACAUGAAGACUGAAAAACCCAAUAUCAAUCACUAUUUUGAUGUGUGGCACGUAGCAAAGGGAAUAUCAAGAAAACUAGAGACAGCUGCAAAAAAGCGUGGUGCUGGCCAAAUCCGUCCUUGGAUUAAAAGUAUCGUCAACCACACAUACUGGGUUGCAGCAUCAAGUGGAAACAAUGGGCAAAUGAAGACUGACAAAUGGAAAUCCUUAUGCAACCAUCUUAUCAAUGUCCAUGAACAUGAUUCUGAGGUCUUUCCAAGAUGUGAACAUGGCCAGUUAGAUGAACCUAGAGACUGGAUGCAGCAAGGCUCUAGAUGCCACAAGAUGGUUAAAGAUGUCAUGGAGAGUCCCUAUCUUCUUCGAGAUCUUCCAAAAUUCUCACCUGUUUACCAGACAUAUGGGCUUGAAGUUUUUCACUCUGUGGUGAACCAUUUUGCACCAAAGAGUACGCACUUCUUUUACAUGCCAAUGCAUGCAAGGUUGUGUAUUGCUGCAUUUCAUUACAAUGAAAAUGGAACAAGACGUCAGUCAUUAACAAGAGAGGGUGAACUACAGUGGAGUGUAUCAUACCCAAAGGCAAAGAAAGGACAGGAAUGUGUAGUAAAACCUCGAAGAGUGUCUGCAACCUUUGAAUAUGUUGGAAAAUUGCUGGAAAAGAUUUUUGUUAGAAGACGGCACUAUCCUUCCUUAAAAUUUGCCUACGAUGAUUUUGUGUUUGGCCAUAAAGCAGAUGAACCACGUCCACUGACGCAUAAUUAUGAAGACUUUGACAAAAAUGAACUGAUUAACAGGAGGACAUCUAGAUAUAAUAGAUAAAUUUUGAU